AUGGACUCCGCUGGUGCUGAGCCCCUGUCUGGGCUCCGCUCGCUGGUCGCCAAAGUCUUGGGCGCCAACGACUCCGCCGCCAAAGAAGAGGCGUCGCAUACAGCAGCAAAAAAGGAAUCUUCUGAAGAAAAACCAUGCACAGGGCAAAGUUGGUUGAGUCACUUUGCAUCCGUUGCUCCUGAUCACAUCAAGCGGUGGACAAACCCAGCCGACGGAACUGGGAACAUUCCGUAUGAGCAACUUGUCGAAAACCUCCAACAAUUCAACAUCCCAGCUAGACAUGCCUCCGACUACACGCUUGCUCAGAUUCUAGGGGCUGAACCAGUUCCGCAGGAACCCACGCACCAAGAAGAAGUCAUCAGCACCCCCGCUUCAGCGCCCAUAAGGCCUGUUACGGCCCGCCCCCACAAACUUGGCCCACAAGCCGCAGCAUACCUCGGCAAGAAACAAAGUCCUGAGUUCACUCAAGUCAUUCCAGUGCGUGAGGUGACGAAGGCCUUUGUGGGACCUGUUCGAGACAGAGUCGGAAGUCUCAGCGGUGAUGCUGGCAAGGUGCUCAAACGACCGGCGGAAACUUCAGAAGUACCCCCUGACUAUAUCGAGGUUGUUGGCAGCAAGCAUGUGCGCCCUGUAGGCUGCGCUAUGAACGUUUUAAGCCGGCAGAGCAGCAGAUCCUCAGGCGUUGAAAGCGCAAGCGGCGCCAUCAAACCCGACAGUGCUUUUCAUAGACCGUCUCCAAUAUACCUGGAGCCUAUCAUGAAUUCCAACACAGACAAGUUUGGGGAUUCAAAGGGAGAUUCCAGUGCAGUGGGAAGCACAGCAGCAGCAAAGUUCAUCGCAAGCAUUCCAAAACGACCACCCGGAAAGGUAGAUCUCAACAUGAUUCAUACGAAAGAAGACAAAGAUGUGUACGAUGCACUGCAGAAGCCAGUCGUCUACACGAUGGGUAGGUAUGUGUGGUCAAAGGAGGAGGCUGAAAGAGGCACCGCUCAUCCUGCCGAUCCCCCUCCAGUAGAUGCCUGUUUCAGCAAGCUCUGCCAUGAGAUUUUCUAUCCAACAGAGGAAAACUCAGGCGCGAAUACACCAGCUGUGAAGAUGGAGACAACAAAAGACGAUAUGCCAGCUAAGCAAUCCGUCUUAUUCCUUCCGGAAAUAUUGGAAGUGUGCAAGAAAACUAGGAAGGAGCUUGCAGCCUUUGCUAACAAAGUUGUUGAGGCGCGCGAGGACGCUUCAGUAGGCGGCAAGGGGCUUUUCGCCAUUGAUCAAGUGAAGAAAGGUCAGGUCGUAUUUGUGGAAAUGCCCUUGAUAACUUGUGAUAUUGAGUCUGAGUCGAUGUGGACAACAUUCCUGAACCUCACAAGCGAACAAAAGGCAGCCUUGGACUGUCUUGAGGGGUUCCAUUCAGACCUCACGGAAGAUGAGUCUCUGUGGUGCAUUCUCAUGGCCCGGGCCAAUAAACGCAUUGAGCUGGCGAAGCCAUUCAAAUCGUUCCUUGCAAAGAUGAAGCGAAAUGCUCAUGGGUUGCCCUCCACUGGCCGCUGGGGCCUGUACCCAAAGGCCGCCAUGCUCAAUCACUCCUGCGAACCGAACGUCACCUACAGGAACCUGGAAGGGCUUUUGGUUUAUUUCGCCACCCGUGACAUUUCAGCUGGUGAGGAAAUAUCGAUGACGUACAUUGACCAGCUUUACGCCUCAGCUUCCUUCCGCAGCAAACGGCUCCUGCAGACGAAAUGCUUCACGUGUAAGUGCGCCCGUUGUGGCUCUAUGAAUGAUAAGGAAAGACGAAUUCUCUGCCCCUCCUGCCGCCCUAUAAAGCUCAAGAUCGUUGACACCCAGGCAGAUCGUGCUGCUGCUUCCCCGCCGAAGGACAUGGGUAGAGAUAACAACGAGAAACAUGGGGAUGCAAAUGGCGAACUGAAAUCUGAUAAGCAAGGCGAAAUCUCUGGAGCGCUGAUCAACACGGACAUCGAAGACACUUCUGCUCAGGCUUCUGACGAGGAUAGCAACAAAGCAACCCUGCAGUCAAGCGAUGACGAGGCGGAGCGCUCCGUGGCAUCCAGCGAGCCAGCGGAGGAGGCGGCGGAGGCCGUCAUGUCGGAUGCAGAGCAGCUGUCUUCGCAGACCAGCGACUUCGGCGGCGAAGGCUCUUUGGCUAGCGACGAACUAACCAGAGGGUCCAAUGACAGUUCCGACACCGCUUCGAACAGCGACCGCUCACCUGUGGAACUUUCUGACUGUGAAUCAAAAAAGAGUAAAAGGUUGACUGGGGCAAACAAGAUGAAGAAUGAUUCUGGAUCAUUGGUGCUGUCUAUUUAUGCUAUGAACUCAUGCGGAAGCAGAAGCACUGAAAUGGGUCAGAGUGAUUCACAUAGUGAAGAGCAGACGUCUCGCUCCAUUAGCAACGCCUACUCUGGCUCUUCUGUGAUCAUGGAUGGAUCCCUAGAGGUGGAUGCACCUCCUCCUAGGUACUGCCAGAGGAACAGCAACGGUAUUUGGGUCUGCGGCAGCUGCAGAGGCCGUUUCACAGACGACGAUAUGCCGAUUGGCAUGGAGGAUUACUUCGAGAGACUCUACUUAGAGUUGCAGAGCAAAUUCAACUUCCCCACAACGCCACAGUGGACAGUUGACGUCGGCUCCUUAAUCAAAAGCAUUGAAGCCGUUUUGGGGACGCAACAUUGGUUGUAUGCGGCUUGCAAUCUACUCCUUGUUCAACUAUAUCUUGGACAGUGGGCAGGAGGUACGGUCAAGGACUCCAUUUUCGACAGAUCGCUCAAACACGCUGAGGUUUUCAUAAAAUUCGUGGAGUCAACCACAAGGGAAGCGCUUCACGUAGAUUGUGCACCUUUGUUAGCCUCUUUGAUGAGGGUCCUUCUAUUCAACGGGCGGUGGUCUACAUUCGAGGAGUGGGUUGGUAAAGGGAGACUUGAGACAGUCAAGGACUGCCUCGGCGCGUGGGAUGAGGCAUCCGUAGCUUUUUCUCAGGCACACGCGUACUUGCGGCGGUGCCGCGAAAAAGGCGAUCUACCGCAAUUGUCUAUGUUGCACCGAUAUGCUCAUACUGCUCAAUACACUAUUAUCCAAGCUGCAGAAGAGCUUGAAAAGAAGGAGGCAGAACGCAAGCUGUCACUGGAGAAGGCUGCCAGGGAACAAGAGAGGAGGCGAAAAGCUGAGGAAGAGCGCCUCGCAGCAUUGAAGGAGCGGAACAGGAGACUAAAGGAGCGCGUUGAGUUCAUGAAGGCGCAGGCCGCUGCUCGGGCCAGAAUACAAGAUGUGACAAGCUCUCAUAAAGACGGAGUUCUCGCUAAAUUCAUGUUAGCUGGUGUAGAUGAAUGCGUGAUAAACGAUGCUUCAAUGGCUGUCCAGCGAGCCCACCAGUACGCUAAAGAGAUGCAAGAAGCUGCCGUACAGGGGCGCCAACUGUUUCCUGGGAGUAUGGCUGCCCAGAUGGCAUACAUGCCUCCCAAGGGGGUGAUGCCGUCAUCCUACUUGCCGCUUAUUAUGUUAGAUGAUCCCCUCAGAGCCAUUCCAGAGAAAAGCAGGCAGACCCGUCAACGGCGAGCGGCGAUUGCACGCGAGAAAGCAAUCAUUGAUGAACGCUGCGCCCAGCAGGAUUUAGACUUUGAAGAAGAUGAAUCAGUGUGUGAGGAGAUGGCAGAGAAAGUUGACAGCAGUGAUGACGUCAAUGAGCGGACUAUGAUAUACCGAAUUCCGGGACUUUCAGGCACUGCACCUGGAGAGUUCGUGAACGUGUCUCAACUGUUGCAUGAUGAAAAGGGGAAUCAUGCACCACUUCCCCUGUUCCAAUCAUUCUUUUACAUUGAUUCGAUGGAACGCAGGCGCUCGUUGAAGCCUGAAGACCAGAGCAGCCUAGUUGUCUUGGGACAUUCCGGCUCCCCCCCAACGCUGUCAGACGAAAAGCUUGAAGACAUAGAAGCGGCUAAGUACAACUACCUCCACGAGGAGCGACAAAAAUUCGAGGAGGAUGUCAGGGCUGGUGUUCUUUUGGAGGCGGCUGAGGCAGGUGCGCUUAAAGACGACAGCAAACUGGUGGAUGUGGUGGACGCAACAAACAAAGUCAUUCAGAAAAUGGUGGUUCAGGAAGCAAAGGCUGAGCGAGCAAUUGAAGAGGCGCGCUAUGCAUUGAAGGGUAUGGAACCCCCCAAACGACCUUCUAUUGGGACUGUUACCGUGGUAAAACCUGCACCAGACUCAACUCUGGAAGCCAAGCCACAGGCGGAUACAGCAACAGACUUGAACCCAGAUAAAGUACCUCAGGAACCGGAACCCGAACCCAUUACCACAACAACAAUGCCUAAUGUUUGGGAAUAUAUUCCUUCUCAUGACCCGGAAAAGGGCCCCACUGUGUUCCUUUAUCCUCCGAAGAGCCCACAGGCUCCACUUGCCCCAGAAAUUCGUUCCGACCCCAACUCUCACAACGAUGAUUCCACGCAGUCUAUGAACAGACGAAUCAUCAAGCCCCUCGACUUCUCCCACAUACCCCCCCCACCAAAAGUUGAAAAUAUCGUAGGUUCUUUAGGUAAUACUCAUCUACAUUACAAGAUGGCGCGCAUUAACAUGAUCAAACAACGCUACGCCUCGGUCUCCCCUACGAGGAAAAACAACAAAAAUGAGGAAUAA